AUGGGUCUGGAUGGGUUAUUUUGUCUAGAACCCAAAUCCAUUUCUGUGAAAUCCAAACAUGCACGGUGCCCGGUCAUACAUUGCCAUCCUUGAUCGAAGGCCAUCUGGACUCUUUUGUAUCGCCAGUCUCUUUUUAAUUCCCGCUUAGUUCAAAUGGUCCAACGCUCGGUCGGAGCGAGGGAAAUCGAAAUUUCGAGCACCGCCCAGUCUAGGGUUUCCAUCAUUUUGGCUCCUACCUUCUCUCCUUCCCUUCGACCAAUCCCCUCUCCUAGCUUCCUUCGAAUCCCUCGGUAGCACUGAGUGGAGGAGAAUGAGCACGCCAAUGGAGGUUUCUCUCCAGAAUCCCUCCGACAUUGGAGAGGUCUCCAGGCCAGAGGGCGUCUCCGACUCCAACUCAAUUCCGAUCCCGGCGGCAGACGAUAAAGUUCUAGUUUCAGUCGAGGUCUGCUUGAAUCCCACCAGCACGGCUCGCAUUGAAGACGUUCGGACCGCUGUAGAAAGGAUGCUUGAGAACAGGAGUUUAAGCUAUAUUGAUGGUCCUGUUCCAGUGCCUGUGGAUGAUACUUUUCUUCUCGAAAAUGUAAAAAAAAUCUUAAUCUGUGACACAGAUGAGUCGGGGGACAACCAUAAAGUCCUUUUGUUCUGGCAAGUCAGGCUUGCUGUGCAUGUGUUUCAGCUUAGUGAAGAGGGUCCAGGUGAGGAGCUGAGUGGAGAUGAUAUGCUUUCAAUCUUCAAUGAGUGGGUUCUACCAGCUAAAGAAUUUGACGGAUUGUGGGAAAGCUUAAUUUAUGAAACUGGUCUCAAGCAGCGGUUGCUGCGGUAUGCUGCUAGUGCUCUGUUGUUUACAGAGAGGGGUGUAGAUCCUUGUCUUGUUUCAUGGAACCGGAUUAUCCUUUUGCAUGGACCUCCAGGAACUGGAAAGACGUCUUUGUGUAAAGCAUUGGCUCAAAAACUUUCUAUACGCUUUAAGUCAAGGUAUUCACAAUGCCAAUUGGUGGAGGUUAAUGCUCAUUCCCUAUUUAGCAAAUGGUUUUCUGAAAGUGGCAAACUGGUUGCGAAACUUUUCCAGAAAAUUCAGGAGAUGGUGGAGGAAGAAAAUAACCUUGUAUUUGUUUUAAUUGAUGAGGUUGAAAGCCUUGCUGCUGCCAGACAGGCUGCCCUGUCUGGCUCUGAACCUUCAGACUCCAUUCGGGUUGUAAAUGCUUUGCUAACUCAGAUGGACAGAUUGAAGUCAUGGCCAAAUGUGAUCAUUCUGACAACAUCAAACAUAACUGCAGCAAUUGAUAUUGCAUUUGUUGACCGAGCAGACAUCAAGGCAUACGUUGGCCCACCUACUCUUCAAGCAAGAUACGAGAUACUGAGAUCCUGCUUACAAGAACUUAAACGCGCUGGCAUACUUGUGUAUCCUGAGGGUCACGAUCAUUUCUCAUUUCCAAACUAUUCAGCCUUAAAAGAGAGACUCUACACCUCUGAGAUCGGGGAACUUGAGGAGCCAUUUCAUCUCUCCAGACUUUUGCGUGAAGCUGCAGAAGCAUGCCAGGGAUUAAGUGGGAGAUCUUUGAGAAAGCUUCCUUUCUUAGCACAUGCAGCUCUUACAAACCCCUACAGUUGUGAGCCAAGCAAGUUCUUGUACACAUUGACAGAGACUGCCCGAAGAGAGCUCUCUGAGUUGCACGCUUAAACCUUCAAAAUCGAGUGUACUUGUAAAGUGUGCAGCACUUGGCCUCAGUUCCAUCUGCCGUUUCAAUUAUAGUUGGCAGUUUUAUGAUAAUCCUCAUCCCCUUACCUAUAACAGGAAUUACAGGUAUCGGCGCUUUACCGCUCCAAGUGUUCGAUUGCAGGUCAUAGCAAUUGAAGUACAAAGCAAAAUCUUCUUGGUGUUGAUUUAGAGCAGAGAUUCUGAAUGGUUGAAUUAAUAGGGAGAAAAAUUGUAUACAGAGUUAAAUCAGUUGGUGAAUUUACCAUUUUAAAGAUUUCAUGUUCAUCAUGUUUUGUAUAAUUCUAAGCUAAACCUUAGGUGGCAUGCAUUGAAAUGGAUCACCUAACCUUUCGCA